AUGCAAGCAACUGACGUUAAAGUCAAAAUUGUAUUCGCUGACUCCUCAUUUGUGAUGGUUAAAGUGCCUUAUCACACAACUCUCAGUGACUUAAGAAAAAACAGCAAUCUUAAUCCUCAAAACGAGCUUGAUGGGUUACAAUUCAGUCAUGAUGGUAAAACAGCUUUCCGUAUCUCUGGAGAAGGUAUUACUUUGGAAGACAUUGGGUUCAAGCAAGGAGACUCACUUUAUAUGAUGGGAGAUGCCAAACCACAGCCAUCUGCUAUCAGCAGUGUCAUUAUCAUUUUUGAAGAUUCUACCUCCAGAAAGCUUAGUGAUCUUAAUCCAUCAACUACUCUGGGCGACAUUAGAACCAUUUUGACAACUAACUCAAAGCUCAGCUUAGAUGACAAGCUCUUCAGCGUUGAUAAUGCAAUAAAGUUCAGUAGAGAUGGGGAAGAUAUCCUUUUAUCUCAGACAGGGUUGACCAAUGGUGGGAGUAUCUAUGUUCUGGGUCCACAGUCCAAGCCUUCCAUGCCUCUUGGGGAUGUCAUCUUAAAAGAUCCCACACUCAAGGAUCCUAAUUUGAGGCAGGUUGAUCCUAGGCUAUCGCAGAGCACGUUAGACAUAAACUUAAGACCUCCCCCUGGAACUUCUGAUUUCACAUUUAAGAGAGUUCAAGUUACCCAGGAUGACGUGAUCGCGCUCAUAAAUGGUGCUUACUAUGUUUAUGGUAGAGUGGUUACAAAAGACAAUUUUAAAGUUGCUUAAAAACCAUUAUUUAAGACUGGGCUGGCACCACAAAUUAACAACACUUAAUGGUAUGAUACCAACUAAGAGUCUUAGAUUGUGACAGAAGUCUAGCAUACCUUUACGAGCCACAGAUCUUUUAUGUAAGGGGUUACUGAGGCCUAACUGUCUGUUGUAAUUCCAGAAAUUGCUAGCGCCUCAAGUAAGUUUAAAACAUCUUCUUCAACGAGCACUGACACUGUCGACGAAACAAUAUGGGCCACAGGAAAUUAUUUGUUCCCACUCAUCAAUGUGAGACUCAAUGAACUUGGCAGGCAAGUUAGCGAAGAAUUUAGAUCAUUUUUUAACAAUAAGGAAAUCAACAAAACAAGCAUAGAACUAUUCUUUGACACUUACGGGCAUAUUGUCCCCACUGAGAUGAAAUUCGGUGGGAAAUUGACCACUUACGAAAAACAAUCCUUUUCGUCGUAAGUACAAGAGGAAGAGAAGUCCGCAUCCAUUUCUGUGGGACUUUUAGCGAAUGUGAAAUAGUACAUGACAAAGAUUGAAGCUAGUUUAAGCAAUGCCUCUGCCUCCUUGGCAACAUCAAACUAGCAAGAAUAGUCAUUUUCAACUAACUUAAUAUGUGAAGGUGGUGACAUAGGAGCAAUAUACAUGCCUUACCAAUGGUUGAUGUCCUUGAGACAAGGCACUACUUUUUGGCAAAUGAUCGCUAUUUCAGACUUCAAACCCAUCCAAGACUUUUUGGAACCUAGCAUUAAAAAAAAAAUUGACUAAUACAAUGAAAAGAAUAGAAACGCUGCUAGAAUAGUGGAACAGUAGGAGCAAAACGAAAUAGAUAAUUGGAAUAGAUCAAUGAAGGCCAACUUUGCCAAAAUAGUAAAGCACAAUCUCGCAAAUACCGCAAGAAGUGUGAUUUGCCUCCUUACAAACACUACGAAAUAAGAAUUUGAAUAUGUUUCCAUCAAAGUAUUACAUGGAGUAAUUGAUAGAUUUGUUUCUGACCUUGGCUAUUAAUUUAAAGCUCCAUAAACGCUCUUACCAGGUAGAUCAUAUGUUUUUGAAGCGGGCAGCAGUGGCUUCAUGACAGGUUGUGAGUGCGAAUGGGUGUACAAGAACAAAAAAAGUGGAAAACUGCUAAUUAUUUACUUUGAAAGGUCCUACAGAGGAAAUGCCUAUGCUGAAUUCAAAUAUGGCACCGAAAAAAGAAAUCUAGUAGAAGACAAAAGUUCUACUUCUACUAACAUGUCAGGAAUUCAUGAUAUUAAAUGA